UGUCUGGAACCUUUAUGAAGCGGGUGCGCGUUCGCGGGAGGGACCGGAAAGGGCAAGGGACACGAGCGCGGACGAUGUCGGGAGGCUGCAGGCUGAGGGCCUUCGGGGCUCGCGGCUGGGGGCGAGCCGGGGUACGGAAUGCGUGCAGAGGGGCCGAACCUCCAAGGGCAGCGGCACCAGAAGGAAAGCAAACCAAUAGGACUUUACUGAUGACACCUUGGCUAUUGAGUGACAAAGGAAUCAUGUGCUUAAAAUCUAACAAUGUAACCUUUGCCUAUUCAGAUAAAAUGAAAAGUUACAGGUAUGUUGGAAUGAGAUUGUAUAGCACUUCAACAACAGUGGAUCCAAAAGAGAUGAAAACAUUUAAGGCCCUGGCGUACAAAUGGUGGGAUGAGCAAGGAGCAUAUGCACCUCUUCAUUCUAUGAAUGACUUAAGGGUGCCAUUUAUUAGAGAUAACCUUUUGAAAAUGGUUACUAAUCAUCAGUUAGAAAGCCCGUUGUCUGGAAUGAAGAUUCUGGAUGUUGGCUGUGGAGGUGGAUUGUUAUGUGAACCUCUAGGGCGACUGGGAGCUUUGGUUACUGGAAUUGAUCCUUUGAAUGAGAAUAUUAGAACAGCACAACAGCACAAAUCAUUUGAUCCAGUCCUGGACAAGAGAAUCCAGUACAAAGCAUGUUCCCUGGAGGACAUUGUAGAAGAGACUACAGAAACCUUCGAUGCUGUUGUAGCUUCAGAGGUUGUGGAGCAUGUGAAUGAUUUGGAAACCUUUAUUCAGUGCUGCUGCCAAGUAUUAAAACCUGGAGGCUCUUUGUUUAUUACUACAGUCAACAAAACACAGCUUUCCUACAUCUUAGGAAUUAUCUUUGCAGAACAAAUUGCAGGCAUUGUACCUAAAGGAACUCAUACCUGGGAGAAGUUUGUUUCACCAGAAGAAUUAGAGAGUCUUUUAGAAUCAAAUGGUCUUUUGGUCCAGACAAUAAAAGGAAUGCUGUACAAUCCUUUCUCAGGCUACUGGAGAUGGACUGAAAAUACCAGCCUUAACUAUGCAGCUCAUGCCAUAAAAUCUAGUGCACAAGUAGAAACUGAAGAGCACCACACUAAAGUUCCUGGCAUAGAUGGGCAAGAAGCAUCUCAGAAAUGAAUCACUUCUAUGCAUUUUAAUAAUGUUACUUGUUAGUCUAAUGUUUCUGAAUAUGAACAUUUUUUAAAAAAAAUUAACUUUCUAGAAGGAAUCAUGUAGGAAAAGAACAAAAACACAGGAAAAAAGCUUUUAUUCAAAAUUAAAGCCAUCUUCACAUGCCUGUUUUAACACUAAAAUCUUAGUUUUGCUUGAGGUUGGCAUGUCUUCUAUUCCCAUUCUUAAAAAAAUGUAAUCUGUAUUUACUUUAACUAUUCCACCUUGUAGAAAUGUUUAAUAUCAAAUUUUAUCUUUGUCUUUAAUUUUUAAAAAUGCCUCAUGUUUCUCUUUUUUUAUCUUAGUUUUAAACUGUCAUGCAACUGACAGCCAAGAUUUGGCAGAUUUCUCCAGAGUACAUCCUCUAUAUCAGAUAUAUUUGGAAGAUAGAUGGAUGUUUUCCCAGUCCAUUGCAACUACUUCUUGGGACCUAGAGAUUUUUUAAAAUUUUAGUUUAUUUUUUUCAUUGAACAAAAAAAUCUAUUUGCUCUUUCCACAUUCUCAUCUCAUUGG